AUGGACUCUCCCGGGUGGGAACCUGAGCUGAUGACAAUUCGGCUGGAGGGUAAAGACGUGUAUCCAGCCCGGAUUCUUGGUGGAAAUAUAGAUGCUUUUUCUUCACCGAAGUUUGUUUUGGUGAAGACGAGGUGGAUGUCAGAUAAUGAGGCACGAAAUUGUUACAACUGUGUCGUCAAAUUUACCCAGAUCCGCCGCCGUCAUCACUGUCGACAAUGUGGCAAGAUUGUCUGCGGGAAAUGCUGUAAAGAAAAGGUUCCCUAUACCACUGUCUUCUUUCCAUCUUUAUGUGCCCUAUACCAGUGCCUUCUUUCCAUCUUUAGGUGCCCUAUACCAGUGCCUUCUUUCCAUCUUUGGGUGCCUUAUACCAGUGCCUUCUUUCCAUCUUUAGGUGCCCUAUACCAGUGCCUUCUUUCCAUCUUUGGGUGCCCCUAUACCAGUGCCUUCUUUCCAUCUUUGGGUGCCCUAUACCAGUGCCUUCUUUCCAUCUUUAGGUGCCCUAUACCAGUGUCUUCUUUCCAUCUUUGGGUGCCCUAUACCAGUGCCUUCUUUCCAUCUUUGGGUGCCCUAUACCAGUGCCUUCUUUCCAUCUUUGGGUGCCCUAUACCAGUGUCUUCUUUCCAUCUUUGGGUGCCCUAUACCAGUGUCUUCUUUCCAUCUUUGGGUGCCCUAUACCAGUGCCUCCUUUCCAUCUUUAGGUGCCCUAUACCAGUGUCUCCUUUCCAUCUUUAG